AUGUCCGGUUAUAGCACCGCGUCGUCGAGCCCGCUUGCGAAUAGCCCUGGUGGCAAGAAUAUUGGUAGAAGGUGCAACAGAGAUGACGGUCUGGAUACCGACCCAGUACAUAUAUCUAGCAGCCCUGAAAGCGACGACCAAAUGAAGAUCACAGUGACCGGAUUGAGGAUGCACAGUGAUGCUACCGGUGACUCAGAAAUGAUGCCAGGAAGCAGCAGAAGACUGGUUGAAAACAAUGAUGGAAAUGAGGAUAGAGGUAAUUUUGAAGUGCUUAUUACACAUCAAAAUACCGCUGGAUCGGCAAAUCAAGAAACACGCACAUCAUACCAUACUCUCACUCCUGGACAGCGAGCGCUACCGAGUCAUCCAGCCAUAGACCGCAAAAGACGCUUGACCAACACAGGCAAUCACGAUCGACUACAACGCGCACGUUCUGGGGACUUGGCAAGACUCGGCACCCAACCCAACUUACCACAUCGAUCACUCUCCAUGGUCGGACCAUCGAGGGGAAAUUCUGGUUCGGAUGACCCGGGUUCAUCAUAUGCAACAGCGAUCGAUAUCACUUCUUCUCCUCCAGAUGCUGGUUCGUCUGUCGGUCACGGAAAUGAUGAUUCACUGUCCAUAACUGGAUCUGCAAUCUCCCGAGGCAGUAGACAAGGUCCCCCUGAUGCACGUAUGCCACUGCCAGUUUCGGCCAUCGUGCGUCCUCCGCGCAGACUCCAUUCCUCCAGCCUACGGGAUGUGGAUCUUUAUCAUCAGUAUCAUCAGUCAGGAAGGGCACAAGGGCAGUCCGAUGCUAUUAGGAGCACUAGAAGUGAACGUUCCUUGGGAGUUGGUUGGCAGGCAUCAGGGACCGAUGAGAGAACUUUGCGUGCUUUCUUUGGUGGGUCAACGGAGACACAGACUUUGGCAGAAGCAUUGAGAACCGCAGACGAAGGCGACAUUGAGACGAAUUUACCGCGAUGGCAGCCCGAUGCGGAGGUGACAGACUGCCCAAUUUGCGGGACGGUGUUCAGCUUUUGGUAUCGAAAGCAUCACUGCCGGAAGUGUGGUCGGGUGGUGUGUGCCUCAUGCUCCCCACACCGAAUUACUAUCCCAAGGCAGUAUAUUGUCCGCCCGCCUGAGUCCUCUCAGUUGCCAGACCUCUCUCCUACUCCACCGCGUCAAAUCGUGGAUUUGACUGAAGAGGAUCCAGUUCAAAUAUCAGCGGCGAUCAAUCCUGCUCUCGGUGGAGGAGAGGAAGUCCGCCUCUGCAAUCCCUGUGUACCAGACCCGAACCCCAACCCACUAGGCUAUGGACGGACGCGAGGCCACCGCACCAGCCAUUCCUUGCCAUCCAGCAUGGGAAAUCGCUUCUCUAGCGAGUCGGCCGAGAACUCCCCAAUUCAAGGUCCCCGCCACGAAAGCCCCGAAUUCCUGCGGGUGAAUACCAAUAGGCGACAGAGUCGCGAUGGAAGGGGAGACCAACAUCCCUUCGAUCUGACCAGCUCCCGCCGACGCUCGGCUACUUGCGAGCAGGAUCUCUGCCCCAUCUGCGGGCGAAGAUUUCCCGACCUCAGUAGCGAGCAGACGCUAGAGGCGCGUGAGGCGCACAUUCGGCAGUGUAUCGAUAAUUACGGUGCCCCGGCUGCUGCGCAGCCCGCUUCCUCUGCUCGCCGGGGUCCAGCACCACCUCCUCUGCCACCUGUGUCUCGAAUGGUCGAGUUCACCGCCACAGAGAAGGAUUGCAUUGGCGAGGAUGGAGGUACCGCCGAAUGCACCAUCUGCAUGGUGGAUUACGAGGGUGGAGAUGUGUUAGUCCGACUGGAAUGCUUGUGCAAGUUUCACAAGCAUUGCAUACUGGAUUGGUUCGUGCACAAGAUGGAGUGCCCAGUGCACAAGGUGGCAUAG